AUGGAGCCUGGACAGGAGCAAGAAACUGUGGCCCCUCAGGAGCCUAAUCUAAGCCCAAAACCUGAUGCGAGGCCUAUAAUGAUAAAUAAAAAUCUACAAAAAGGGGGAAAGAAGAAGAAAGAUUUAGAAGAGCUGAAGAAGGAAGCAGCUAUGGAUGACCACAAGCUAACCUUGGAUGAGUUGAGCGCCAAGUACUCUGUGGACUUGACCAAGGGCCAUAGCCUCAAAGACGCACAGGAGAUUCUGUCUGCAAAUGGACCGAAUGCACUAAGCCCUCCCCCAACCACACCAGAGUGGGUCAAAUUCUGUAAACAAAUGUUUGGUGGCUUUUCCCUCCUGCUGUGGACUGGUGCCAUUCUCUGCUUCCUGGCCUAUGGCAUACACGUUCAUUACAGUGAAAAAACCAACAAAGAUAAUCUGUACCUGGGUAUCGUACUCGCUGCUGUGGUCCUCAUCACUGGCUGCUUCUCAUAUUAUCAGGAGGCCAAGAGCUCCAAGAUCAUGGAAUCUUUUAAGAACAUGGUGCCUCAGCAAGCUCUGGUCAUUCGAGGUGGAGAGAAGAUACAAAUCAAUGUAAAAGAUGUGGUUCUGGGAGACCUAGUAGAAGUGAAGGGUGGAGACCAAAUCCCCGCUGAUAUCAGGGUUAUCUCUGCACAAGGAUGUAAGGUAGACAACUCCUCCCUGACUGGGGAGUCCGAACCCCAGUCUCGCUGCCCUGAAUGCACCCAUGAGAACCCUUUGGAGACUCGGAACAUCAUCUUCUUCUCCACCAACUGUGUAGAAGGAACAGCCCGGGGUAUUGUGAUCGCUACAGGAGACUCCACAGUCAUGGGCCGAAUUGCUUCCCUGACAUCUGGCUUGGCCGUAGGCCAGACCCCCAUUGCUGCUGAAAUCGAACACUUCAUCCAUCUGAUCACAGCUGUCGCCAUCUUCCUUGGCAUAGUGUUUUUUUCACUCUCGCUUAUCUUGGGCUACGGCUGGCUGGAGGCUGUCAUCUUCUUGAUUGGCAUCAUUGUGGCCAAUGUGCCCGAAGGGUUGCUGGCCACUGUCACUGUGUGCCUGACCCUGACCGCCAAGCGCAUGGCCCGCAAGAACUGUCUGGUGAAGAACCUGGAGGCAGUGGAGACGCUGGGUUCCACUUCCACCAUCUGCUCGGACAAGACCGGCACCCUCACCCAGAACCGUAUGACCGUGGCCCACUUGUGGUUUGAUAAGACUGUGUAUGAGGCUGACACCAGUGAGGAACAAACUACCGGGAAAACAUUUCCCAAGUCCUCGGAUACCUGGUUUCACCUGGCUCGAAUUGCUGGCCUCUGUAACCGGGCUGACUUUAGGCCUCAUCAGGAAUCUGUUCCCAUAGCUAAGCGGGUAACAACAGGGGAUGCUUCUGAGUCAGCGCUCCUCAAAUUCAUUGAACAGUCCUACAGCCCUGUGAAUGAAAUGAGACAGAAAAACCCCAAGGUGGCAGAGAUCCCCUUUAAUUCUACCAACAAGUACCAGAUGUCCAUCCACCUUCUGGAAGAUGACUCCCAAGCCCACGUGCUGCUGAUGAAGGGUGCUCCCGAGAGGAUCUUGGAUUUUUGCACCAGUUUCAUGCUGAAUGGCCAGGAGUACCCCAUGGACGAAGAAAUGAAGACAGACUUCCAAAAUGCCUACUUAGAACUGGGAGGUCUGGGAGAGCGCGUGCUGGGGUUCUGCUUCUUGAACUUGCCUAGCAACUUCUCUAAGGGAUUCCAGUUCAAUACAGAUGAAAUAAAUUUUCCCAUGGAAAAUCUGUGUUUCGCGGGCCUCAUAUCCAUGAUUGACCCGCCUCGAACUGCUGUGCCUGACGCUGUGGGCAAGUGCCGAAGCGCAGGGAUUAAGGUAAUCAUGGUAACAGGGGAUCAUCCCAUCACUGCCAAAGCUAUUGCCAAAAGUGUGGGCAUCAUUUCAGAAGCCAGCGAGACAGCAGAGGACAUGGCUGCUCGACUUAAUGUCCCUGUCAGCCAAAUCAAUACCAAGUCUGUUAAAGCCAUUGUAGUGCACGGCUCAGAACUUAAGGACAUGAACUCAGACCAGCUGGACCAAAUCCUCAAGUCCUACAAGGAGAUCGUGUUCGCUCGGACCUCUCCUCAGCAGAAGCUCAUCAUCGUAGAGGGAUGUCAGCGAAUGGGAUCCAUUGUGGCGGUGACUGGUGAUGGGGUGAACGACUCCCCUGCUCUGAAGAAGGCCGACAUCGGCAUUGCCAUGGGCAUCACUGGCUCUGAUGUCUCUAAGCAGGCAGCUGACAUGAUCCUUCUGGAUGAUAACUUUGCCUCCAUCGUGACAGGCGUGGAGGAGGGUCGCCUCAUCUUCGAUAACCUGAAGAAAUCCAUCGCAUACACCCUGACCAGCAACAUUCCUGAGAUCACCCCCUUCCUGCUGUUCAUCAUCUUAAGUAUACCCUUGCCUCUGGGUACCAUUACCAUUCUCUGCAUCGACCUGGGCACUGACAUGGUCCCUGCAAUCUCCUUGGCUUAUGAGACACCUGAAAGUGACAUCAUGAAGAGGCUUCCACGGAACCCCAAAACUGACAAUCUUGUGAACCACCGGCUCAUUGGCAUGGCCUAUGGGCAGAUUGGGAUGAUACAGGCGCUGGCUGGAUUCUUCACCUAUUUUGUGAUCCUGUCUGAGAAUGGGUUUAAGCCUUGGGAUCUGCUGGGUAUCCGCCUGCACUGGGAUGAUGCAAACGUCAAUGACCUGGAAGACAGCUUUGGACAGCAGUGGACCUACGAGCAGCGGAAGGUGGUGGAGUACACAUGCCAAACAGCCUUCUUCAUCAGCAUCGUGGUUGUGCAGUGGGCUGACCUCAUCAUCUGCAAGACCCGCCGAAAUUCGCUCUUCAAGCAGGGCAUGAAAAACAAAGUCCUAUUGUUUGGGAUCUUUGAGGAGACAUUCCUGGCAGCUGUCCUGUCCUACACUCCAGGCAUGGAUGUGGCCCUGCGAAUGUACCCUCUCAGGAUAAACUGGUGGUUCUGCGCCCUUCCCUACAGCGUUCUCAUCUUCAUUUAUGAUGAAAUCAGAAAACUCAUCAUCCGUAGACGGCCUGGUGGCUGGCUGGAGAGGGAAACGUACUACUGAGUGCGGCAGAGAAAGAUCUUCACAUGAUAUCGGUCUCCCAAAAGCUGAGACUGAGUGUAACACAUCUGAGAUAAAGCCAAGCGGGGGGGCAGAGACAUUGGAUUGGAUUUACUCUGGAUGAGAGAGAGGCGUUCCUGGGGCUGGACCAAGAGCAUCUGGUAGGAGAUGGGGUGGGUUGGGGAAAGCCCAGCCUGCUCUGUCUGGAGCCUGGCGAGGAGGUGCACAGUCUUGAUACAUUCAGUCGCCAGUCUAGAGAGUAAACAUUUGGGGCAGCCCUCGCCUAACUCGGUCUGUAGGAAUCUGAUUUGGGGGGAACUAGAGGGUGCUACAAAGUUCUAUUCCCACACUUAAAAUUGUAACUGGCCAAGGGAGACCUCCAGAGGAGGCUGAAAAGGUACUAGAAUCAAGCGUCUGGGGCUGAGUGUGGUGGCAUAUACCCUUAAUACUAGCAUUUGGAAGGUAGAGACAGAUGGGCCUCUGUGAAUUUGAUGCCAGCCUGUCUACAUAGUGAGUGCCAGGCCAGACAGGGCUACACAGUGAGACCCUGCCUUUAAAAACAGAAGAUUAAGCCUACUUGUCACUGAAAGGUAUUUCCCAUUUUAAGAUCAAUCUCUGAUGUGCCAUCAGUGUAAGGGACAAGAGAAUGCCCCCAAAGUCUAGCUGGAACCAGCUGAUGCUGAGCUACAUCUUGUAGAGGUACCAUAGCACCCCAUAUCUGCACCCACAUUUGGGGUGUGUGGGACCAAAUAAUCUAGAUCUGACUUGGAUUUUCUCAGAUCAGAUGACAGGCCAUAGCACUGUUGCUCUCAAGGAGACCCGUCAGGUCCAGCAAGGCUCAAUGACUUGGGAACAAUCACAUGGAGUGUGGGGAGGUCCUCUCCUCUAGGGCAGACUGGUGGUCCCUGCCCAGUAGGCCUGUCAUUAGAACACCUCUAACCUAGCCCAUCCUUUAGCCUUUCUCUCCAGUAUAAUCUUGAAACAGGCACUGUGCAUGCUAGACAAGUAUUGUAUUGCUGAGCUACACCCUGAGCCCUGGACCCAAGCUUUCCCGGUCUUAGCAAAAAGGUGCAAGGAACCUCUCUCCUACCCAGCCUCUUCCUGUGGUUCCUCCCCACUUUGUCUUCCCCCUCAAUCCCUCAUUUCUGCUCGGUGAGCACCUCUGCUUUGCUCUAAGACUCUGAGUUCCUUCUCAGGGACCUUUUAGGGAUCUGUGCCCCAAAGGAACCAGAAGAAUGCUGAGGAAAACCAGGAGGAACUCAGCCGCUGUUGCCAAAAUACAGCAUAGGCACACUGCACACCUCCCGACACUGCGCCAAGGGCCGUGCCCGCCAUUGCUAGAUUCCCACCACUGCACUCUGUUUCGUAGGAGAAGCAGCUAGUUCCUCAUUCUGGAACUUGUACCAUUAACCGCUUUUCAAACUACUCUUUCAGUGGCAACCGGGACCAAACAUGGUUGCAAACAAAACAAAAACUGAACGGGAUAAUGGGAGUGGAACAUGGACCUGAAGGAUGGAUGGGCUUUGUUGCAGGCUGGCAGAAAACAAAACAAAAUUUUUUAAAAAAAAAUCCCUCACAUUGAAGGAUGUAGCCAGCCCCUCUUUCUCUGUAUCGGGCUCCUUUCUCAGAGUCUUCCUUCCACCCCUUUCGUCUUCCAACGCAAGGUCUCCUGGGGACAGAGCUCUAAUAGUCUGGGGUCCACCCAGGCUGCUGACAGGGCUGAAACAGACCCUGGAAGAUGGAAACGAGGUGGGGAGGUAUGUGAGAUGGGGAGGAGGGGGACCAGCUCCUCAAGUUUCAGUAGUGAGGAACUUUGAGUGUCUGGUGGGUUAAAAAUACUGACACCCCAACUCAGGGUCAUUUGAUAUGGGUGGCUGAGGCAUGUUAAAUCCAUCCAAAGGGCUGCACACGGGGAGCCUGGGAGGAAGGGGACUGAGAAGACAGCACCGAGGGAAGCAUCAGAGAGAGGAGGACUAGAAUAGUGAUGUAGGAGCCGAAGAGGUUAAGGGU